CUGAACGCAACAGCUGCGUGCAUCAAACUACACGUGAAGUAUCUAGUUUUUUACGGCACACGUCACUUCCAUCAAAGUACAUCGUAGAAGUUACACUUGACAACGUGCUCCCGACUUUGUACUUCACCAACAUGGACGGCAAUAGAAAGACACUAAAAUAUUCAGAGGGAGCGACCGAAGCUUCGGAAGCAAGUGGGGUGUCCUCUCUGGCCUCAUGUUUGGGACGUGUUGGAUGGUGUGUACCGCUCAGCUAUCGCAUUGAACUGCUUCAACUCUUCAAGCUAGCCGGGCCAGUGAUCAUUUCCCAGUUGAUGGUGUUUAUGAUCGGCAUCGUCAGCACAGUGUUCUGUGGCCACCUGGGGAAAACAGAACUGGCAGCAGUGUCAUUAUCAAUAGCGGUGGUUAAUGUCACUGGGAUUUCCAUUGGCACUGGUUUGUCCAUGACUUGCGAUACCCUCAUAUCUCAGACAUAUGGGAGCGGUAACCUGAAGCGCGUGGGAGUGAUUCUCCAGAGGGGCAUUCUAAUUCUGCUGUUGGCUUGCUUCCCAUGCUGGGCUGUCCUCAUACAAACUGAACCUCUUCUACUGGCUGUCAAACAGAGCCACGAUGUUGCCAGACUGUCACAACUUUACGUGAAGAUCACCAUGCCUGCUUUGCCGGCGGCAUUUAUGUACCAGCUACAAGGCAGAUAUCUUCAAAAUCAGGGAAUAAUUUGGCCUCAGGUCAUAACGGGUGUAAUUGGAAACAUCCUAAAUGCAGUCAACAACUACAUCUUCCUCUAUCCACUCAAUUUGGGAGUUGCUGGAUCCGCAGCUGCCAACACGAUCUCACAGUACGUGUUGGCCGUGGUCUUGUUUGUUUACAUUUGCUGGAGAGGUUUGCACAAAGCGACAUGGGAAGGUUGGUCACUGGACUGUCUUCAAGAGUGGGGGCCCUUUGUCAAACUGGCCAUACCAAGCAUGCUCAUGCUUUGUCUUGAGUGGUGGAUGUUUGAAGUGGGAGGGAUCCUUGCUGGUUUAAUUAGUGAGGCAGAGCUAGGAGCUCAAGCUAUAAUAUAUCAGCUGGAAACUGUAGCUUUUAUGUUCCCACUUGGAUUGUCUGCUGCUGCCAGUGUUCGAGUGGGGAAUGCUCUUGGUGCAGGAAACAUUGAACAGGCCCAACUGUCUUGCAAAGUUCCUAUCAUCUGUGCAUUCAUAAUGGCCUGUUUCGUGGGAGCUAGUCUCAGCCUUUGCAGGAAUGUCAUUGGAUACAUUUUCACCACAGAAGAAGAAAUUUUGAAAAGGGUUGCUGAUGUAGUGAUGAUUCUCAGCUUCAUGCAUCUCGCUGAUGCUGUUGCGGGAGUGAGUGGAGGUGCCAUUCGAGGAGCGGGGAAACAAAAGAUUGGCGCUGCAUGUAAUCUGGUGGGAUACUACAUCAUUGGCCUUCCCAUCGGUGUGUCCUUAAUGUUUGCAGCAGGAAUGGGCAUCAUAGGAUUUUGGACAGGACUUACUGUUUGUGUGUUGAUGCAGUCUAUUUUCUUCAUCAUAUUUUUGUAUAAGCUUGAUUGGAAGAAGGUUGCUGAAGAGGCACUCUUGAGAGCUGGAGUCCAGGUCAAGGUUGAUCAGGACAUGUCCCAAAUGAAAGAUUUAGACUCGCACGCCAAAGUGGGUAAGGCUUAUGACACGGCUUUCAGUUGUGAGAGCGCUGAAGAGGUCCAAAACCCCCAAGAGUUUCCUGACCAACAUAAGGUUGGAAUCACCAUAGUUGGAGAUGUUCUCUCACUACCACAGCUGCUGUUGCGCCGUGGCUUGACUUUAUUUUUAAUGGUUGUCAUCCUUGUGGUCGGAAUAUUAGCCAAUCAAUUUUUCACUGAAAGGCUGAAAUGAUUCUUUGCCUGGUUUGAUUGCUCAAUCAUCUCCUAAAGCAGUGGUUCUCAAUUGGUUUGAUUGGGGACCUACCAUCACUCCUAAUGACAAGCAGCCAUCCAAAUGGUGGAUUAUUUUACAACUCAAAAAACAUGUACCGUAUUUUUUGGACUAUAAUGCGCACGUAAAAUCCUUUCAUUUUCUCAAAAAUCGAAAUAUUAUAACCCAGUGCGCCUAAUGUACGGAGUAAUUCUAUAAGAGAUACGUGUAGACUGCAAUAUGGUGCCAGUAAACAACAUCAAAACUUUAAAUGUUCCAUUGAAAAUAAAGAAUAUUACACACGGCACUCAAAAAUCUGUCAACAUGUUUUAGUAUGACUUUGAAGCCACAUCGCUUGAUGGAUUGUCGGCCCAUUACAGCUACCGUAGUCAGAGAUACAAGUAUUACUAUGAUGUGUGUAUAAGGACCGCAAAAUGGCACCCAUUAGCUGACAUAUUAUCUAAAGUUUUGUUUCGUAAUAUUAGGAAAAAAACCUUUUUUUUUCCUUCUGGUACCUGCUGAUUUGUAUUUGGGAUCUGCAUAAGUCCUGAAAAUGUGCGCAGGUCCGCUACUGUCGUCCACACCGAUACCGUAGUUGAUAAGCUUCUUGUUUUUCUCUAUUUUCCAUUUUUUUUCUGCUGUUGCCAUUUCUAAUAUAAAGUAGCGUAAAGUUCUAACUUAUUACGCUAUGGAAGCGCUAAAAACUACCGGUGUAGUGGGUUUACAUAAUCCACGAAUAUUUAGUUAUUAGAGAGUUCCGGUCGGACGUUUUUUCACAGGACACAUUUCCGGCGUUGUUGCACUAGUGAGCCAUGGAUGAGGAAAUGCCGCUGCGUUAUUGAUUUAAGUAAAGUCUGAAUGUCAUUAUAACAGUUAUCUCCAUCUUUUGUCACUUCUUCAACUCCCAUCCUUGCACAUUACACCGCUACAACAAAGAUGACCGGGAGAAAACGGUGCGGAAAGUGAGCCACGUAAAUAAGACCGCGCACAAAACUGCUCACCCUGAAGCAACUGUCAGAAAGCGUCUUGAUGAUCUGUAAAAUAUAAUCUAUGCAACAUUUUGACCAAAGAACCACCAUUACAUGUUAUGUAGACUACAGGAUAGUAUUUUAAAUUUAGGAAAAAUUCAUAAUAUGACCCCUUUAAUGCACCUUAUAAUCUGGUGCGCCUUUUGUAUGCAUUAAAAAAUUGUGUAACAAUAGUAUUUACUGUUAGAAUCGGCCCUCUGGGGCCAAACAUAAUUGUGACGUGGCCCUCAUUGAAAACGGCUUUGACACCUCUGACUUAUAUUGUCAGAGGGCCUAUCGUGGGUAACACCUUUACAAUUACUCAAUAUGCCCAAACACCUUUUCGUGUUGUGUUGCGCAGUUCUUAUUUUGAUUGUGCAGAAAUAAGAGACGCACUGUUGUUCAUUGCUGCCUGUGUUCAUGAUAAAGACGUGACUUUAUUGUCAAAGGUAAAGUGCAUUUACGUUGAAAUGAAGUGUUUUACUUUGUACUGCUGUCAACUUGUUUGAAUGCCUUUUGAGUCAAGUGUGGAGAUAAUUGGUUCAAUUUUACCUCCAUUGUUUAUGGAUUAGUAUAUCACGGUACAUUUUUGGUGUACUUUUUACCUUUGUUUUCACCCUCUUUUAGUGCCCUUAUGCACUUAAUUAUGUCCAUCCUUUGUAACUGAGCUAAUGUGUGGAACAAUUUCUCUUGUGAAUUAUUUGUCUAAAUCUAAGCCUAACUAGUCACUUGAUAGCAAUUGUAACUGUAAUUUAUGUGUUUUAUCGCUAGAUGGCUCUAGAGACUACAUAAUCCCCCUGUCAAUGUUUUUAGUCUUACAAACUGUUUGAUCUGUACUUAAGUUUCAUGCCAAUGUCAUUCUUUCUAUGCAUUUGUCAAGAACACACACACACACAACAACACACAUCUACUCAAGACGUCAAAUUAAUUAAAGGACUCUCUGGCUAAAA